AUGGAUAAGCUCGAACCCACCGAAGAAGCAGCGAAACCUGGCUCCAUCUGCGAGGCCCACGUGCUGUACCAAACCGCCCCGGACGAGAGGGGCCGCACCUCCUGGACCCGCGAGCCGCCCAAGGACCUCCUCGAUCCCGCGGAAACGCCCCUGUCCGGCAGAUUUGUGCUGCUGGUCCGGAAGGUCAAAUGCUACGACGGGAAGCGGAACCUCAAGAUCCACUCCGUUAUCGUCCAAAGCCAGCCCCUCAAGGGGUUUCUGGCCCGCCUUCUGACGGGCUACCCCGGGAUUACGUCCAGCCUCGACCGCCUUGAGUUCCAUCAGCCGUUCCAGCCGUUCGUCCACCGAUGGGAGGAGUUCUGCCAGGCACGGGCCCGCGAAGACGAUCCCACCACCCAAGCCCACGUGGAGCUUCUGUUCCGGAUCCUCGAGGAGGAGCUGCGCGAGACCAUUGCGCGCAAGAACGACCUCGUCAAGAACCAGGUGAUCACCCACGAUCUGCUGUGGGCGAUCUUCGAGCCCGGCGCUCCGAUCAUCAGGGUGGUCGACGGGCGCCAGCGCGCGUUCCGGUUCCAAUCCGGCAGCUACGAUAAGCGAAGCGGCGUGUUCGAGAUCGCAGCCCAGUACGUCGACUGGGAUGGCGAGGGCUUCGGGUACGAGACGGAAGAAUUCACGCUCAGCCCCUACGAAGGUACCACCCCGAUUGUGGACCUCUCGAGCUUCCCCCUUGCCUACCACCGCGAGCACGCCCGCAUCCGCGAAGAGCUCAUUGCCCGGGGUAAGCUCUGGGAAGGGUACCGCGGAUAUCACUACCAGCAAUACAAAGGUCUGGCGAAGGGCUACAUCCCCGUCCUCAACCGCCAGAUGAAGUUCAACAUCCAAGGGCGGAUCGUGAUCGACACGGAAGCGUACAACAACUUCAACGCACAAGAAGAGAUCACCGGGUUAGACCGCAUCGCCGCCGGCGGCGGCAGCAGCACCACCACCACCAGCCUGUCCGAUGACCAACGACUGAUCGCCACGCCCAUCGUCCGGGGCUAUGCCCUCCAAGAGAAACGGUGGCUGGCGUUCUUCGUCGACGGGGUCAAGGACAUCGUCUGGGACGCGCACGCCUUCGACUCCCUGGUCCUGCCCCACGAGCAGCGCGACCUGAAGAAACUCGUGCUGGGCUUUGCGCGCGCCCAGGCCCGCAGCCGCGACGCCUUCGACGACGUGAUCCACGGCAAGGGGCGCGGGGUGAUCAUGCUCCUGAGCGGGCCGCCGGGCGUCGGCAAGACCCUCACGGCCGAGAGCGUCGCCGAGGUGAUGCAGGUGCCGCUGUAUGUCCUGAGCGCGGGCGAUCUGGGCACCACGCCCGAGCGCGUGGAGAACACCCUCCGCGACGUCCUCACCAUGAUCCCCCGAUGGGGCGCGAUCAUUCUCCUCGACGAGGCCGACGUCUUCAUGGAGGCGCGCGAUACCCUCGAUCUGAAACGGAACGAGCUCGUCUCGAUAUUCCUAAGACUUCUCGAGUACUACGAGGGCAUCUUAUUCCUGACCACCAACCGCGCCGAGCACAUCGACCCGGCCUUCGAAUCGCGGAUCCACAUGUCCAUCCGCUACCCCGAGCUCACCUUCGCAUCGCGACACCAGAUCUGGCGUCAAUUCCUCACCCAACAACGCCAUACAGAACCAUUCUCGGAGGAUGAGCUGGACCGGCUCGCGGCGCUGGAGCUCAAUGGCCGGCAGAUCAAGAACGUCCUCCGCACGGCGCACCUGCUGGCCGAGGAGGAGGGCUGUGCACUGACACACGCGCAUGUGCAGGGGAUCUUGAGCUUGAGGGACUAUCUGAAGCAAGGGGGGAUGAGCAGUGGAGGUGGAUAA